AUGGGCGGCCCUCUGGACUGCCUUCGGGGCUGCUGCACUGUAUCGAACCUACCGUCCCCUCGACAAGCCACGACUGUAAUCUGUUUCUGGUCCCAAGCUGCCCGAAAGGGAAAGAAUAUUAGAGCAGCCGAGUACGUCCGGGACCUCGGCCAUCCAGUGCUACAACCCAGCAACAGGACAAUUCCUCGGUCUUAUCAACCCCUCGACCCCCCCGCCGUCGACCGGGCUAUCGAGAAGGCCGCCACGACACAGAAGAUAUGGGCUGUUACGAGCUUCCGCGAGAGACGGGCUGUCCUUCGGAGCAUGCUGCAGCACGUGCUAGACAACCAGGAGAUGAUCUGUAAGGUGGCAUGUCUGGACUCGGGCAAGAACAUGGUGGACGCUCAGAUGGGCGAGAUCCUAGUCACGGCUGAGAAGCUGCAGUGGACAAUCGAACACGGCAAGAGGGCUCUGGCACCAUCAAGACGGCCCACCAACCUGCUCUUGUCGCAUAAGCGGAAUAUAGUCAGUCAUCUAUGA